GCUGUUAUCUGUGUUGCCAUGUAUUUUAAGUGUAUCCACAGAGAUCUGGCUGCCAGGAACGUACUACUUACUCAGGGUCGAGUAGCAAAGAUAUGUGAUUUCGGUUUGGCACGCGACAUCACUAGAGAUUCCAGCUACGUCCUGAGGGGAAAUGCUCGUUUACCAGUGAAAUGGAUGUCCCCAGAGAGCCUGUUUGCUUGCGUGUACACUUUUGAGAGCGAUGUCUGGUCCUACGGUAUCUUAUUGUGGGAGAUCUUCUCUCUGGGUAACACGCCAUAUCCGGGUAUUCAAGUUGGAUCCACAUUCUAUAAGAUGAUUUUUGAAGCACCUUUAUUUUUAAGAGUGUACAGCCACUUUUACCACCAACAUCCAUUAUUUAAUGCUUUUCAAUCUGUAUCACUUCUCUCAGAAUGGUGCGAUGAUAAAGAUGAUCUCUCUUUGGAUACUGAGGAUUUACUCAGCUUCUCAUAUCAAGUGGCUAAAGGCAUGGACUUCCUCACAUCCAAAAAUUGUAUCCACAGAGAUCUGGCUGCCAGGAACGUACUACUUACUCAGGGUCGAGUAGCAAAGAUAUGUGAUUUCGGUUUGGCACGCGACAUCACUAGAGAUUCCAGCUACGUCCUGAGGGGAAAUGCUCGUUUACCAGUGAAAUGGAUGUCCCCAGAGAGCCUGUUUGCUUGCGUGUACACUUUUGAGAGCGAUGUCUGGUCCUACGGUAUCUUAUUGUGGGAGAUCUUCUCUCUGGGUCUGUAUGAGCUGGUAUAAGGCCUAUUAAACAUCUGAUAUUUAAUAGGCGUGAUCUUAUGAAGGUCUUAUGAGGUGAAAAUCUGCCUGC